AUGAUCGGAGGGUUAUUUUUGUAUAAUCACAAGGGAGAAGUAUUAAUUUCCCGGGUGUAUCGAGAUGACAUCGGAAGAAAUGCCGUAGAUGCAUUUAGAGUUAAUGUAAUUCAUGCUCGUCAACAAGUUCGUUCACCCGUCACCAAUAUUGCUCGGACAUCAUUUUUCCAUAUUAAACGAGCAAAUAUUUGGCUGGCCGCUGUAACUAAGCAAAAUGUCAACGCAGCUAUGGUUUUUGAAUUUCUUCUCAAGAUCAACGAUGUUAUGCAGUCGUACUUUGGAAAAAUCUCCGAAGAAAAUAUUAAAAACAACUUUGUUUUGAUCUACGAGUUGCUUGAUGAAAUAUUGGACUUUGGUUAUCCACAAAAUUGCGAUACUGGUGUGCUGAAGACUUUUAUUACUCAGCAAGGUGUAAAGUCAGCGACAAAAGAGGAGCAAGCACAAAUUACAUCUCAAGUAACGGGUCAAAUUGGAUGGAGACGAGAAGGAAUAAAAUACCGGCGUAAUGAACUAUUCCUUGAUGUAUUGGAGUAUGUGAAUCUCUUGAUGAGUCCUCAGGGACAAAUAUUAAGCGCCCAUGUUGCAGGAAAGGUUAUAAUGAAAUCUUAUCUAUCGGGAAUGCCAGAGUGUAAAUUCGGUAUUAAUGACAAAAUCGUAAUGGAUUCUCGUGGGGUGAAGGGUGGCAGCGGUGCCCUGGGUGGGGAAGACCCCACAGGAGCACGCACUGGAAAGCCUGUAGUUGUAAUUGAUGAUUGCCAAUUUCAUCAAUGUGUCAAGUUAUCUAAAUUUGAAACUGAACAUUCCAUUAGUUUUAUACCACCAGAUGGCGAGUUUGAAUUAAUGAGAUACCGUACUACAAAAGAUAUUUCAUUGCCAUUCCGAUUAAUACCAUUGGUGAGAGAAGUUGGUCGUACAAAAAUGGAAGUAAAAGCUGUUCUCAAAUCAAACUUCAAACCAUCGCUUUUGGGACAAAAAAUAGAAGUACGUGUACCAACUCCGUUAAAUACCGCUGGAGUUCAAUUGAUUUGUCUCAAGGGUAAAGCUAAAUAUAAAGCAUCUGAAAAUGCAAUUGUCUGGAAGAUAAAACGUAUGUCAGGUAUGAAAGAGACUCAAUUGUCUGCGGAAAUAGAUUUACUCGACACUGAUACGAAAAAGAAAUGGACAAGACCACCUAUUUCAAUGAACUUCGAAGUACCGUUCGCUCCAUCUGGCUUUAAAGUUCGCUAUCUUAAAGUAUUUGAAUCCAAACUCAAUUAUUCUGAUCACGAUGUUAUUAAGUGGGUGAGAUAUAUUGGAAGAAGUGGUCUUUACGAAACGCGAUGUUAA